AUGGGUCUAAUCGAUUUGGGACAUGAAGCAGAUCCAGUACUUACCAGGCUCGUGGACGAUGAUAAGGUAUCGGAAGAGAAAUUUGAGAGUGUUGUAUUUUUUGCUAUAUCCGACGUUUUAUUCCUUCUUGGAAUAAUUUUUGGUGAGGUGACGACGGUCGAUGGGGCUGGAAAGUCGACUCAUGUGAAGAGGGUAGCUGCCAUGCAUAUGAUUGCCAGAAUGUUUCUCGGGUUUUGCAUUCUGUUUGCAAUCGUCUCCGGCUCAGCCAUGCUUGGUGAACUAGCAUACCCCAAAGAACGACCGGUCAUGACUUCUCUCUUCAAUGCAUCUUGGUCUGUAGGAUCCUUGGUUGCUUCUGGGAUUACUGUUCGCACUGCGACAAUCAAUACUGAUUGGUGA